AUGGAACUCAGGGCGGAGAGCGGACGUCGUGAGGCGGCUAGAACGGCGACCAAGAGAGACGGUGAGGUCGACUGGAAAGCGCAGCACGAGAGACGCGUUGCUGAGAGAAGGGAGAGAACGGAGCAUGAAAGAAUCGAGGCAGAGAAACUGCAACAACAAUUGGACAGGAAGCUAGAAAUGAGAAAGGGUCGGGAAAUCUACAGCUCAGUUCAGAGACUUGGCAUGAAUUCAACAGAUGGAAAAGAACUGAGAGAAUUUAGUGCCAAUAGGACAUCUCGACUUCGUCGUAGUAAUGAAGAUGUUGUAUCAGACAGUGGGGUGACUGCUGGUCCUACGACCACCAGAAGCACUCCACGAGGAGCCCAGCUGGCUUAUGAAGUAGCCCAGCUGAAUAAGAAGAGAGACAAGCUGGAAGACAAGGUUAAGAAGCUGGAACGUCGUCUACAUGAAGAACGAGGACAACGAGAAUGUGAUAUGGCACUGUUGAGGCAGUCUCAAAAGAAUAGCAUCUCUGAAUACACACAGAAGAUACAGCAAUUGGAGACAGAAUUGUCACAGUCUAAAAUGAGCUCAGAAAGACUGCGAGGUCAGCUGGAACGGAAGGAUGCACAAAAAGAUCUGACUGCAGCAAGAAUGGCUCAACUCGAGGAAGAAACUGUUCAACUGAAGUCGAGACUAGAAAGGCACGGAUCUAUGAAAAGAAGGAAAGACAUGUUUGAACAGAAGGCCAUGGAGUUAGAGAAAGAGAAUCUUCGAUUACAUAGCCAACUGGCCAGAGAGUUGCAUCGAGUAAAGACGGAGGUUGACAGUCGCAUUGUUGUGCAACAAGAGAAGCUGAAAGUACAAGCACAUCUGGAAGAGGAAAUGGAGAACGCUGAAAAAUUGAGAGCUCGAGUUAAGAGAUUGGAAAGAGAGAACGAUGGAAUGGCAAAGAGUCUAGAAGCAAACAGAGGUGAAAGCAAUGCAAGAGUCAGUCGGUUAGAGGCUGAUCUGAGAGACCAGACAAAACUGGUAGAGAAAUACAAAAAUAAUCAUAUGGAUCGUGAAAAGCUGGAGACAGAACUAGCAGCCAAACAGGAUGAAAAUGUCAAAUUGUCACGUGAAGUAUAUCGCUUGCAGGUGGAAUUGGAGAGAGCUAGAAGCAGAUUUAGUGCCCCUGAGAGAGAUGCAAGCAGUCAAUCACAACACACAAGUUUGUAUCCUCCACGUGGGGAGCGCUGUCGCAGUUUAGGUGAUGUAUCUAGUAUAGACAGUGGAAUGAUGAGCGGAGAGGGACUGUCUGUUGUUUCUGAUCUGCGAGCCAAGGUUGCUAAGCUUCAGAUGUAUGCAGAGAAGGCAUACCAAGAGAAGGCAGCUGCAGAAAAGCAUUUGUUAGACAGUGAAUAUGAAAAGGAAAAGCUGAAGACACGUUACAAAGACGAAAUUCACUUUCUGAGACAGAUGAACAUUCAACUUGUCAGCGAUGAGGCAAAAGAAAGUAAUUUGACAGAAGUGUUAGCAAUGGUCAAGAAAGCAGAAGAGGCCGAGGAUGCGCUAAAACAAUGUGAAUCUCUUGAACUGAAAGUUGACAGACUUCAAGUUGAGCUGAAGAGACGAGAAAGCCACGUGUCACAGCUAGAGUACCAGCUCUUAGACAAAGAAGCCGUCGUUGCGUCUCUUUUUUCUGAAUUGGAUCGUCACAACGUCGAAUUGGACCAGACAGUGAGGCUUCAGCGACGACCAGAAUAUCGGAGUGCUUCUUCAAUUCAUAGUCAUCUUACUACACCCACACUUUGUGAUUCCCGUCAGUCUCUGCUACAGUGUGACAAUCUCAUGUCUCCGUUUGAUCCAGAUGCACGUACCGAUUAUGAAAAGAUCAGCCGUUCUGCUAGUACCGGUCCAGCUUCUCAGUGGUUUGUGAAACCUCAACCAUUGAGGAGAACUAACAGCGAAGGCAGUAGUCCUGUGUUUGGAUUUGGUGGAGUUGGACUCACGAGACAACCUUUUUACAGUCUAGAAGCAGAAGCACACAUGAAUGUAGCUUUAGAAGCUCAAGCUGUUGCCCGAGGUCUAGCAGAGUUAAUGCAGUCUGGCGAAUCACUCGAUCAAAUUGGCAGUGAUGACGGUAGCACAGACAAUGUUCCCGAUGGUCAGCCAAUUCGAGAAAUAUAUCAUACAGUAGCAGCUGCCAGACUUCUCAACUUUCGUCCUCUUCCUGCCUCAAAUGGACAGCAUCCACGAUUUCGACGGACAGGAAGUGAUCGUAGUACUCACUUACGACAGUCCAGUGGUGAUGCAGCUCAUCCACGUCAAUCUAGUGGAGACAGUGAGUUGUCGAUGCCACCGUCUCCGGGUUCAAGCAGUUGUAACACACGAAUUACAAAAUCAAGCGCUAGUUACUGUAGCAGUCCUGAUCAAGACUAUUAUGACAUUUAUGCUCCAACUGGACAACUCAUUACUUCAAAUGGUGUGACAGGAGAGUCUUCUGCAAAGUUUACUGGCAUUCCAAUUCGUCCGGUUGCUCUGAAACCCGGCAGUCACAGUCCCUUACCACAACGACCGUUAUCUCCUCGCAUUCGAGGCAACUAUUUCCAGCCUUUGACAAUGCAGAGUGUGUCAUCGGAGUCUGAAGAUGAUGCUACGUCGGUUAGUGAUCAAAAAACAGGACAACACUUGAAGCAACGCAGUGGAAGUUACGAGUCUCUGAAGACUGAUCUCAGUGUCAGCACAUCAGCCGUCCGUGGUCUGCAUGCAAGGCUAGAGCAAGCUCAGAGGAUGGUUGGCCGACAUAUUGAACAGUUGAGCAUCUCGGGUGAUUCAUCUGUCUUUGAGCUGUCUCAUGGCGUGGCAAUGAGAGACGACUCAUACUGUGAAAAUCCUGAGGACAGGGAGCGGCUUGGUUCAACUACAAACUAUCGACCUGUUCAACAGUAUAAGAAACAAGGAGUACGAUCAGCAAGUGUAGGAUCAUUAGACAACUUGAGAGCAACUCGUUGCUAACGCAUCCUUUACUGUACAUGGAAACUGUAUUUUAGUGACAAUAAGAUGACUGUAUGUAUGAUGUUGCUUUUUAACUAGUAGUUUACAGUACCUGGAGGCGUGUUUGUAAAUUGUGAUAAUGAAGUACUAUUGCAGAAGAAAAAAUAUCAACUGUUGAUUACACC